GAAUGGUAAUACACUCGCGCGAUUAAAAAUCGCAGCUUGUCCCUUUCUCCGUCUCCUUUUUUCUGUGAAUCUCUCCCGCAAAUUUCUCAAAUCAAAUUAGGGUUUUCUUCGCUCCCCUCUUUCCUCCAAAUUAGGGUUUUGUCCUUUUGCAAACCAAUUUUGUUAUCUGUAGGGUUGGAGAAGAUCGAUCGGUGCUUUACUUCUGCUUGACUUGGGGAAAAUCUGGGGAAAUUGUGAUGAGUCGAUUAGGGAUCGAUAGAGGGAUCGAGCUUGUGACCUACUUCGUUCCUCUUUGCGAGUGGCAUCCUGUCUUAUUGGUGUUUUAGCGAUUGCUUUUUGCCAAUUAAGGAGUUUCGAGACGAAACUGAAAGCUCUAGUUUAGGGUUUUAGGAUACAUCCACCAGUUCUUCUUGGAGUUUUUGCUAAUUGAUUUUGAAGUUUCGCAUUGUCCUUUUAUCUUCGAGGGAGAUGGGCUGCUGUAGCUGCCUCGGUUUCAUGAGGAAAUCCCAUAGGUCCCUACUAUCAUUUAAUGGGACUACAGAUCAGUCUUCCCAAGACUCUUUGCUUCCGCAGAGUAUGGAAGAUGCUUAUUCUUACAAUAGGGACAGUGAUGGUAGCUGGCGGCGACGUGGUAAAAGUUCUGAGGAGAUUCUCCUUGCAAAAGCUCGAAAGGGCUUGAUAUGCAGGGAGGUCCCGGUGAAGGAAACUAGGAAGGUUACUAUCUCUGAGGAUGAAAAUGGAAAUAAAAUGGUUAAUGAAUAUGUUCGGGAGUGCAAGAUUGGCUCUGGAAGCUAUGGAAAAGUGGUGCUGUAUCGAAGUGUUAAAGAUGGGAAUCAAUAUGCAAUAAAGGUUUUCCACAAAUCACAUUUGUUGAAGUUGCGAGUGGCACCUUCUGAAACUGCCAUGACUGAUGUUCUUAGGGAGGUAUCCAUCAUGAAAAUGUUGGACCACCCCAAUAUAGUGAAACUGAUUGAGGUGAUUGACGACCCACUGACAGAUAGCUUUUACAUGGUUCUAGAAUAUGUAUCAGGCAAGUGGGUGUCUGGGGGUGGUUCUUGUUCAGGAGGUUUAGGAGAAAGUAAAUCAAGAAGGCAUUUACGAGAUGUUGUUGCAGGGCUCAUGUAUCUCCAUGCUCAUAAUAUUAUUCACGGUGAUAUUAAGCCAGAUAACCUCUUGGUGACGAGCAAUGGGAAUGUCAAGAUAGGAGAUUUCAGUGUCAGUCAAGUAUUCGAGGAUGACAAUGAUGAGCUCCGGAGAUCUCCUGGAACUCCUGUUUUUACUGCCCCUGAGUGUUGUUUAGGAUCAACCUAUCGUGGGAGGGCCGCUGAUACAUGGGCUGUAGGGGUCACUUUAUAUUACAUGGUUUCGGGUCAAUACCCGUUUCUUGGUGAAACUCUACAAGAUACUUAUGACAAGAUUGUAAAUAACCCUUUGAUGCUGCCCGAUGACAUUAAUCCCCAACUGAAGAACUUGCUUGAAGCGCUUCUCCACAAAGAUCCCAAACAGCGAAUUACUUUGCAUGCUGUUGCUCAGCAUCCUUGGGUCAUAGGAGAGGAGGGUCCUAUCCCUGACUUCUUGUGCCACUGCAGGCGAAAAAAUUGUUCAUUACGAAGUUAGCGUCCUAUGUUCUAGUCUCUAGACUGAUGCUGGAGCGAGAACCUCAUGAGCAAGCAAGACUGACUGACUUCAAGGAAAAUAAUAAUAGUUUGUCGCUGUCAAUUUCCCCCCCUUUCUCAGAAUAUAUUGUAACGCUGUAACAUCCUUGGCUUCUUUGUUGUAUUAUAGUUUGUUAUUUCCAGUUCAGUGAGGGAGAGAAUAAAAUAACGACACCUUUUCGAGAGUUGCUUCUUCCGAUUGUCACUCAUGACAGGUAUAGGAAGAAAUUGUAUAUGAAUCGUUAUAUAUCAUGAUUUUGAGUGUACUUAUCGUUAGUCGUUGGAUUCUAACUGUUA